AUGAUUGCUAUAGAAACGGAGCAGGCUAUGCCCAAGGAGGAGCGAAUGCCUAAAAUCGAAGCCACGACUUCGCAAAGAAUUUUAACUCGAUCGAGCGCCGUCAGUCAGAAGUCGGUCGAUAUAGUGGUGCAGCCCGACAGCUCCAACAACCCGUUGCAUAGGUCGAAACUGGCUCCCACCCGCUCCGCGUCGGAGACGCAGUCCUCCAGUAAGAAAAUAUUAAACUUGAGAAAGACGAAAAACUCAUCUAUAGAAUCAACGAUGAGUUUACCGAAUCAGAAGUCGUUGGAGAAGAAACAUGGCGGACUGAGGCACCAGAAGGCGAUAGGUGCACAUUCCGACAUCACAUUAAGUACGCAGCCGUCCAUAUCGGACGACAGGAAAGCACUGAGGGAAGCAUUGUAUCAGGGUAUUUUUCAUAGGCACAGGAGAACAAUAUUCGCCGUCGGUUCGUUCCUCAGAAUGCUGAGAAGCAAAACGUCGAAUUACGAUUCGAUACGAUCGGAUUCUGACGAGAUAUAGCGGCCGCGGGAGACGAGUGCUUGUGAACGUUAGACGACCGUGCCGUGGACUGAGUGUGAACUGUUUGUGAUUUUGUAACAUUAUUGGAACAAAGUUAUCUUAUGUAAGGGUAGUUGAUAAUUUGAGAUAAGACUUGCAUUGUAUAAUAAUGUUCCUAAAUAAUUUGUUUUGACGUAUUAUUUCACUAUUCUAUCAUUUCUUUUCGUUAAAGAUUUGAAAAUAACGACAUACUGUUAAAAGCCUAUAAUGUUGCCAUAUAAUUGAGAUAUUACUAUUUGGUAUAAUUUGGCAAUAAUACGAAGUUUUACAGAGUAAAAAAACGAAAACAAUAAUCGUUGAAACCUAAAGGUUGUGACCUUAGGAGUGGUCUUUUUUAUUAUCACAAAACAUGGCAACAAUAAUAAAGGUAAGUUUACAAUGAGCACUAACAUCGCGUGACAUUGGAAUGUGUCAAGGACAUCAGCUGACACGCGCCAACACUAGCCUGUCCCUGAUCUGAUAUUAAUUAUGCUGAUUAUUAUUGCAAAUGUUGAUUAAGCACUUUUUAAUUAAUUUAUUGUCAACGUUAUUUUAUUUUGCCCGAC